CUGGUCCAAGUUACUUGUACUAAUCUCCCAGUAACCCCACGUUCACACUGUGCACACUCCUGACUGCCGCUGUCGGGUGGUAUUUCAGUGGCGUUCCAGCAAUGGGUGGCGGUCCCAGUGUCCCCGUGGUUCCCCUGUCUCGCGACCGUGUUGUACUGGUGACCGGUGGAAACACAGGUAUCGGGUACGAGGCAACUAAACACAUCGCCAUGAUGGGGGCCUCCGUCAUCAUAGCCUGCAGAUCACAGACCAGGGCGUCACAGGCCAUCCGACGAAUGAAUGAAGAGUUCAGUGCUUCCAAAGAAGCUGGUACGCUCCCUGAAGGCAUCAACCAGACCGGAAGGUUGGCAGUAGAUUGUAUGAAACUUGAUCUGGCGUCCCUCAAAUCCACCAUGGCAUUCAUCGAGGCCUUCAAGGCAUCAGGUCGCAAGCUGCACGUGCUGCUAUGUAACGCUGGUUUGGCAAUGUUGCCCAGAAGUUUCACAGAAGAUGGCUAUGAGACAAUGUUCCAGGUGAACUAUCUGGGUCAUUUCCUGGUCAUUGCCCACCUGCUGCCCAUCAUGAAGACCUCGGGUAGCGACUGCCGCAUCGUCUUCUCGUCCAGCGGAGCCCAUAUGUACAGCGAAUGGAAGUUCAGUGAGUCGAAGAUCAAGGCAGAGGAUCCAUCCGCGUAUGGAAGGAUGCUCAACUAUGGUACCUCCAAACUGUUUCAGAUCCACCAUAUGUACUGUCUGUCACGGAGACUGAAGGGCACGGAUAUUUCGGUCACCUGCCUUCAUCCGGGUAUUGUGCGGACUGAAAUUACACGGAGCUUCAUUGACAGUACAGCACUUGCUGCCAUGUUUGGAACCUUCAGAAUGCUUGGAUUUACAAAGACCCCAUUACAAGGGGCAACAACUCUGAUAGAUGCAGCAGUGAACCCGGUAUGGAGGGGCGUGUCGGAUGUAUAUCUUGUGGACUGUAAGCCAAGUUCUACCCACUCCUGUGCCAGAAACAAAGAAUAUCAAGAUAAAGUCUGGAAAUAUUCUUUGGAAUGCUUGAAGAAUUAUCUCCCAGAAAAUGUCAUUGAAAGCUUGGAAGACCGAACUUAACGAUGGCAGAAUAAUAUGUAUGCACAUCACGAUGAGAGCGCUGUGACUGAUUAGAUACACUAAUAAAUACUCGAGACAAUGGCCGAUCAAAUAACUUGUGACUUAUCAAGCACUCGAAACGAUGAUUGAUUACACAAUAUAAUAUAUGACAUUGAGCACAAAAGGUUGAAGAUAUGGAAGGUUUCCGGGAAUAUAUCAGCCAACUUGAAAACAGAAUAGAGCAACAGGAGAGACAAAGUAGAAGAAACAAUAUCACAAUCUAUGGAAUACCCGAGAGUAGUAGUGGUGAAACAUAUAGUGUGUGUAAAGGAAAGGUUAUUGAUGUAUUAAAUAGAGCUCGUGAAAAGGAUCCCAAAUAUUCCCCACUAACACCAAGGGACAUAGAGAGAUCUGAUCGGCUGCAAUCGAAGAGAGAGGGGAAACCAAGCCCAGUAAUCGCACGGUUGACCCACUGGGAGGAUCAACUACAGGCAAUUGCAAUGAGGGAGACCUUAAAAGAUUUGGGAUUGCUAAUGAUCUGACAAAGUUUCAGAGAAAAGAACUCAACAGGAUGAGAACUGAGAACCCCAACAAGCGGUAUUACUAUAAGGGGGGCAGGAUAGUGGAGAGUGAGAGACAACGCCUGGAGCCACUGGCACAGGAGAAGAGUGAGUCCCAGGACUUGUCCGAGAGACACCAGACUGACCAGAGCAUUUACACCUCAUCUAUUGAACGUAAUCGACACCAAGGAAAGAGUGCACAGCAAUCCAGACAGAGUGCUCAGUACUUAACAUUCACAUAAUGAAUGGGAGAUGUGGCUCUGACUCGGAUGUUGUUGAUUUUACGUAACUUUUUCAUUACUGUUCUGACUUUACUAUUACAUCAAGAGCUGAAUCAUCACAUCUACCGGUCAUCGUCAGUCUACAAUCAGCAAAAGUCACAUUUCCUAGACAUUUAGGUAACACACAAUGUAAUAUAGGUGAUUGUUUCAAGUUUGUAUGGGACAAUAUUAAGAACGAGCAAUUUUGUGAUGCUUUUUACUCUGAUACCGUACAAGAAUUACUUCACAGAUCAAUGGAAGUGCCAUUAACUGACAUCAAUAAAAGUGUGCAAUGUUUGGUUGAAGCAUUGAGUAAGUCUGGUAUCUGUAUGAGAGGGAAAGUUGGUCGAAGUAUUACAGAUAAGAAAUGGUUUCAUGUUGAGUGUGCAUUCCUCAAAAAGGAAAGAUGUAGGUGCUUACAGAUAUUUAGGAAAACUAAAGAUGCAGUAUCCUUAUCAAUUUACAACCAAGAUAGAAAUAAUUAUAAUAGUACAGGCAGAAGUUAAAAAGGGGAAUACAAGGCGAGACAGAGAGAAAAACUAGAAAGUAGCAUAAAUGAUCCAAAAAGGUUCUGGUCUACUCUCAAACACUUGAAUGGUAAAAGACGGGUAUAUAAAAAUGACAUAAACAUAGAUACCUGGUAUAAACAUUGUUCUUUUGACAAUUACAGUGAAGAUUUGCAGGAAGACAUCAAAAUAGACAGUGAGGAGGCUAGUUUAGUAGCUGAUAUAUUAGAUCUUCCUAUUUCAAGAGAAGAAAUCACUUCAAGUAUACAAAGAUUGAAAAAUUAAAAGUCUCCUGGUAUUGCCAAUGUAAUACCUGAGUUUUUUAAGAAUUCAUCAGAUGUAAUUGUCCGAUAUAUAGAAGUCUUGUUUAAUGCUAUUUUUGAAAACUCCAAUUUUCCCAAAGAUUGGUCAGUGGGCAUUAUCAUUCCUCUUCACAAACAAGGUCAUGUAAAUGAUACCAAUAACUAAUAAAGGCAUCAACCAUUAUUAAGCGUACACAAUAAGAUAUUCUUACCCGGUAGAUAUCAUUAAUAGAAGAUUAGUAUUUGGGGCUGAAUCAUUUAAGAAAAUAGAUGAGGCACAAGCUGGUUUUAGAGAGGGGUACUCAACUAUAGGCAAUAUUUUUGUGUUACAUUCCUUAAUUCAACCUUAUUUAUUAAGUAAAGGAGGGAAACUUUAUGCACUUUUUGUAGAUUUUUGUAAACCAUUUGACUCGGUUAAUCGUGAUAAACUUUGGGCCUUGCUUAAAUUACGAAGAGUAAGCAGCAAGAUGUUGAAACUAUUAUCAAGUAUCUAUGAACAAGUAAAGGCUUGUGUAAGAAGUAAUGGUAAGUACUCAGAAGAUUUUGAAUGCAAUGUAGGCGUUCGACAAGGAUGUAUAUUAAGUCCUUUUCUCUUUACUUUCUUUAUUAACGAGCUGGCAGAAGAAAUACAAAACAAUUGUAAAGGUGGUAUACAGCUACACCCAGAUAUUGUUAAAAUAUUUUUGCUUCUGUUUUGCCGAUUAUGUCGUAAUGAUUUCGAGUACUGUACCCGGACUUCAAAGUGAGAUAAAUGUGCUGGAGCAAUUUUGUGAACAAUUUGGUUUAAGUGUUAACACAAAGAAGACCAAAAUUAUUGUAUUUAAAAACGGCGGUAUGUUAUCAAAAAGGGAGAAAUGGUUGUACAAAGACAGUUAUCUGGACGUAGUUACAAGCUAUGAAUAUUUGGGAGUACAUUUUUCUAUUAAAUGAUCUUGGAAUUUUCAUUCAAUACAGGCUGCAACACAAGCAAAGAAAAUUCUCUAUGGGAUACUUAAUCGUCUCAGAUCUAUUGAGUGUAAAUUUUAAUCUAUUUUUUUACACAAAAUAAAGCCAAUUCUAUUAUAUGGAGCUGAGGUUUGGGGAGUACAAAAGCUAGAAUUGAUUGAAAGGGUGCAUGUUUAUGCAUGCAAAAGAUAUUUAGGAGUAAAGAUAAACACCCAAAAUGUAGUUGUAUGUGGUGAAUGUGGUAAGUUUCCAUUAUAUAUAAAUGCACAAAUUAAAAUCAUAAAGUACUGGUUAAGGCUAUUACGGAUGCCAAAUGAUAGGUACCCAAAAAGGUGUUAUGAAAUGAUGGUAUUGUAUGACAAAAAUGGAAAGCAAAACUGGGUUUCUUCAGUUAAAAAGCUCAUUACUGAUUUAGGCUUUGGUUAUGCUUGGCAAAGUCAAAAUGUAGAACGCCUGAACAUUUUGUGAAAUUGUGUACACAAAGGCUCAAAGAUACAUACAUACAACAGUGGUAUUGUUUGCUAGCUUUAUCAUCAAAAUGUCAGUACUUUAGUUUGUUUAAAACACAUUUUAUAACUGCAGAAUAUCUUUUGAAACCACUCUUGUAAAAAUAUAGAAUUGCACUUCCAGAUUCAGAUGUUCAUCACAUGAAUUAAAUAUUGAAACGCGAAGAUAUUUCAAAACCCCAAAGGAAAUUAGAUUAUGUAAAAUGUGUAAUCUACAGCUAACAGAGGAUGAGUACCAUUUUGUUCUCAUUUGUCCAUUUUACCAGAAUUUACGAAUUAUAUACCUACACCCACAAAUUUCCAAAUAUAUAUAAGUUUCAUGAAUUAAUGUCUUCUACAAAUAUCAAUGUACAGAAGCCUUUGACAGCGUAUAUAUAUUCCAUGCAAUGAAAUUUAGAAAUGAUAAGAUGAGUGACUUAAACAGGUAGAAAUGAAUAUGUCCAUCCACUAUCCACAAAGAUAUGCAUGAUAUGCCUAUGGCCUUUCAGUAUUUCUGAAAUAAAGAUUGAUUGAUU